AUGCCAAUACGACCUUUGUCAGCUGGUAAAAAAACUGGUGGUAAAAAAAAAGGGAAGAAAAGUGUUAUCGAUGAAGAAGUAAUUGAUAUUCGUCAAGAACAAAUCGAUAGAUUAACACGUGAACAAGAAGAAAUUCGUUCAAAAUUAAAUAUGAUCUGUUCAAAAAUAAUAGAAAAUAUUAAUAUUGAUGAAUAUGAAAAUAAUAUUGAUUUAACAAAACAACAACCAUCGGAUAUCUCUCUCGAUUGUUUAUUAUCAAUGGUUGAUGAAAUGUGUUAUUAUCGAACAGCGUUUCUUAAUCUUGUUCAAGACACUGAUGAUAAACAAAAAGUUCCUAUUCAAGAAAAAAUUACACAAUUAUCAAUUGAAGAACCUCAACUAUUUCGAAAAUGUCUUUCAUCAAAUCAACGAUUAACAUUUGUUGCUCGAGAACGUGAUCUAUGGAAAGAAAAUGCACAAUUACUUCAAAUAAUGUAUGCGACCAUAGUUGAUCAAUUAGAAAUGGGUAUGUUUCAAAAAAAAAUUCCAACAACAAACGAGAUACUUCAAGCACAUCGAUUAAAUCUUGAAGAUUCUUGUCUUCUUUUUCUAGCACCUAAUAAUCGAUCAUUAAUGGAACGUCGUAGAAAGAAAAAAUUAAAUGAAUCAGAAGAUCAAUCGGUUAUUUCUGUUGUUAAUAAUGAAAAUAUUUCUAAACCAAUAAGUCCAUUAGUUUUAAAUGAAAUUCAAGAACAACCUGCAAAAAAUAAACGACGUGUUUCAUUUGCUGAUAAAGUUAAUAUAAUUAUUCAUAAUGAGCCAAGUAUAGAUGAAGAUGAAUCACAUCGUCCAUUAGCAAGUGAUAUAUUAAUCGAUAAAAUGGAUUCAAAUUUACGUAUGUUAAUUAUCAAAGAACUUAGUAAAGAUAAUUACAUUCAAAGACCACUUUCAAGAAUGAGUUCACUCUAUGGUACAGAUAUAAAUACAUAUCAACAACAAAAUCGAUCCCCUAAAUGGGUAGAUUUUGCUCGAUUAAUUGGUAUAAACGAAUCAGAAAUUGAACAUUGGUUAUCACAAAGUCUUCAAUAUCCUGCUGGAAGAGUUAUUUCUACUUGGUGUAAUUGUACAUCACCACCACCAACUGUUGCUGAACUGUAUUCAAUUAUUUCAUCAAAUAAACUAAAUAGAUUAGAUCUCGCUCAUUCUAUUGAAACAAUGUAUAGUAUUUAA